GAGAAAAGACCUAGUGGUUUUAUCGUCAAGAUUAGGGAGCUUUGAUAUGUCUGAGCAAAAUGAUAGAAGUUUAGAUUCUAGACAUUUUAAAAAAUCUAAAUUUAAUUUUUUUGAUUAUGAUGAAAAACAAUUGAAUUAUAAAACAAUAUUGAUGCAAUCAUUGAGAUUAAGUAAUGGGUUUAUGGGAGGGUCGAAGUGUACAAAGGAGAAUGCUGGUCUUUAUAAUUUUAUUGUAGUACUAUUUCAAUCAUUAUUUUUACAAAAAAAAUUAAGAAAUUAUUUAUCAAGAAACUUAUUGUCAGAUUCAUUUACAGGACCGAUUGUUUCUAGAGCAGAAUUUUUAUAUAGUAUCAAUUUUUCAACAGAGUUAUCGGAUUUAAUGUUUUUUUCCUUAAAAUAUAAAGAACAAGGUACAAUAAUGUUCAAAGUAACAAGAAAAAAGACACGGAAAAUUGUGUUUUCUUUAAAUUUAGAAAGUGGGUUAAUUUCUUAUAAUGGAAAAUCAUUUUCUGUUGAUGAUAUUCAAGAUAUUCGUAUUGGAUCAGAUUCUCGUAAUUAUAGAGAGCAAUUGAAAGUAAAAAUGGAGUAUGAGGAUAGGUGGUUUAGCAUUAUUUAUCUUAUUGAUCGUAAAUUAAAAAUACUACAUUUAAUAGCACCAACACAUGAACUUCGACAACAAUGGUUAAUUCUUUUGAAAAAAAUCCAGUUAUAUAGAAUAGAAAUGAUGAGGAAGCUUGGACUUAUGGGAAAAAUGUCUAAUAAUUGGUUAGAGAAACAUUGGGAAUUAAUUCAAAAAAAUCAUUCUCUUUACUUCUAUGAUAUUGAGAAAUUAUGUAAAAAUCUUCAUAUAAAUGCAUCAAAAAAAUAUUUAAAGGACUUAUUUGGAAAAGUUGAUAUACUUUUAACUGGAAAACUAGAUUUUACACAAUUUCAGAAAUUCGUUAAAUUAUUAAAAGAACGUCAAGAAAUUAAUGAUAUUUUUAGUACUUACACUAAAUCUCAUGAACAUUUCAUGAAUUUCGAAGAAUUUCAAUCCUUUUUAAUAAAUGAACAAGGGCUGGAUAUUAAUCCAAAUAAUAAAGAAGUUUUCAAAGAAUAUUCAGAUAAACACGAUAAUCUUAUGUCUGUUGAUAAUUUCUCAGAAUUUUUAUUUUCAGAUAAAAAUCCAUUAAUAAUUAAUUCAAAUAUUGAUAUGUCUCGUCCUCUGAACGAAUAUUAUAUUUCUUCAAGUCAUAAUACAUAUUUAUUAGGUAAGCAGUUUGGAGGAGAAAGUAGUAUAGAAGCGUAUAUUAAGGUUCUACAGAAAGGUUGUAGAUGUAUAGAAAUUGAUUGUUGGGAUGGUCCUGAUGGUCCACUUGUAUAUCAUGGUCGUUGUUUUACAACUAAAAUAUUGUUCUAUGAUGUUAUUUCUACAAUUUCAAAAUAUGCUUUUAUUGUCUCCCCUUAUCCUCUAAUUCUUUCUCUUGAAGUUCAUUGUUCAUUUUUUCAACAAUCUUUAAUGGUUUCAAUAUUAAAAGAAUUACUUGGAGAAAUGUUGAUUACUUCUCCAACAAAUAAAAAUAGUCAAGUAUUACCAUCGCCAAUGGAGUUAAAAUAUAAAAUCCUUUUAAAGGUUAAACAAAAUCAUGAAAAUAACUUGAAUAUUUUUGGACUGGAUACAUCAAAUAGCACUACUACGGAUACUACAUGCUCGUCUGAUAUUGAUAUGGACCAUAUAACUACGGGGAAAUAUAAAACAAAACCUCAUAAAAAAAAUCCAGGAAAAAUUAUCGAUUCUCUUAUAAAUCUUUCAGUUUACAUUAAAGGUAUUAAAUUUCGUAAUUUUUCUCUUCCAGAGUCUAAAACAAUAACACAUAUAUUUUCUCUUUCUGAAAAAAGUUUUACUAGUCUUAUUAAAACUUCUAGAUUUCAAUUGGAAAAACAUAAUGUUAAAUAUUUGAUGAGGUUGUACCCUAAUUUUACACGAAUUAAUUCUACAAAUUUCGAACCUCAGCAAUAUUGGCAAAAAGGCGUACAAAUGGUCGCUUUAAAUUGGCAAACUAAUGAUCUUGGAAUACAAAUAAACGAUGCUAUGUUUUCUGGCAAUAAUAAAUAUGGAUAUAUAUUAAAACCAUCAUAUUUACGUACGACAGAUGUAAAACAUAAUGAAUUUAGUAUAUCUGGUUUAAAAAAAAUACUAUUAGACAUAAAGAUAAUUUCAGCACAACAACUUCCUAGAACUAAAGAUUUUAGACAAGAUAUUUCUUUAAAUCCUUUUGUUGAAAUAAAACUUAUAAUGUUAAAUAAUGAGCAUAAAUCUUGGAAAACAUGUACAAUUUAUGAUAAUGGAUAUAAACCUAUUUGGAAUGAGACUUUUACAGUUAUGAUAGAUCAAUUUCAAUAUGAUUUUAUUUUUAUACAAUUUAAUGUUUAUAAUGAUAAUUCAUCUUAUUCUUUGGACGAUAUAUUAAUAGCUACUUAUUGUUUAAGAUUAAGUUCUUUACUUCAGGGUUAUAAACAUAUUCCUUUAAAUGAUCAAUAUGGAGAAAAAUAUUUGUUUUCAACUCUUUUUAUAAAUCUUAAACGCAAAAUAUUAUAGACAC